GGAGAGAAUAAGUUAUUUUUCAAGGUAUUAUAAGGAUUCAGCAGACCAAAUUCAUAGUCAGCUGAUCCAGGCCAAGAGCUUUAGUUUGGAUCCUGCUAUUGACAGUACAACCUGAUACAAUUGUACAUACAGUGAGAUUUACUUGUGAAUGUUAAAUAGUAGAUUGUGGACUGAACCAUUAAUGUUGCACAAAAAGGUUACCAAUAGGUGAUUAAAUUAGCAAGUAAAGCUUAUUCAGAUUUGUAUUUGUUUUAGAAAAUACAUAUUUUUAUGAUAUGACUUUAAAUUACAUUUUAUCAGUUCUUCAGAUUGUGUUGAAUCUAUUUUCUGUAGCAGGGACAUAGCUACAUGAAGUUCUUAGCCAUAACAUAUGGUUCACAGAGGUAACCAGUAUCAAAGGGAAAAAGCUCAGGUACUUCUAGCAACCCUGUUCAAGGUUACUGGUUUACCUCAGUAACCAACCAUCUACCUACACCACAGGGUUGGUUAGGUGACUGGCUUGGACAUAGCUGAAAAUCGUGUGAAUCAAAGCCAAGAAUAAAGUUUCCUGUUUCAAUGCAGAAAAUUGGCUUUCUUUUCCUUGAAGACAAUAUUGUGUGUCCAAUAUGCCUUGAAGUAUUCAGAGACCCAGUCACCACAGACUGUGGGCACAACUUCUGUAUGAAUUGCUUGCAGGUUUAUUGGGAACACCUAGCUCUGAUUGGUGAACAACCAUACUGCCCUCAGUGCCGGGAACCCUUCAGUUCAGAACCUCAGCUCCACAAAAACGUAACCUUGGGAGAAAUUGCAAUGAGAUUUGCACGGGAGGAAACUCAAGAUCUACAGAAGGCGGCUAGUUUCAAGAAUGUACCAUGCGAUUUUUGUUUCGCGCGAAAGUUAAAAGCAGUCAAGUCUUGCUUGCAAUGUAUAGCUUCCCUGUGUGAUAACCACAUCCAGUCUCACUACACAGACAAGGUUUUCAAGAACCACCAGCUGGUGGAACCUCUCAGUGACUUGAAAGGCAGCAUGUGUGUAAAACAUCGUAAGCUGCUAGAGAUAUUCUGCAAAGAGGAAGGCAAAUUUAUUUGCCAAAUCUGUGUCCGGGAAGAGCAUAAGAACCAUGAAGUCAUUUCUCUGAAGCAAGAACGAAGCAAGAAAGAAGUGGAGGUCCAGAGAAUACAUGCCAGUGUGGAAAACCAGGUCCUGAUGUUGGCAGAAGACCAUCAGAAACAUAGGGCAAGAGCGAAUUACCUUAUGAAAGUGGUGAAGAAUGCCAGAGAUGAAGUUAGUUGGGCCUUUACAGAGAUAUUAAAAGAAUUAAAGCGACUGCAGACUAAGGUGAUGGACUUCAUUGAUCAAGAGGAAAAAUCAGCUUUACUUGUUAUGGGAAAUUCUGUUCAGCGCAGACACAAGCAAAUUGCAGAUCUUAAGAAGCAGAAACUGUGGCUGACAAAUCUGAUGGACGAUCCAAGUGACUUUCAAUUUUUGCAGGACUUCCCCAAAAUAAAGGCCAUAACUGAUAGCUCACAAGCUUUGAUUGGACUGAAAUGUGAAGAACUCAGCAGUUUUGUGGGGAUUAAACAGACACUGAGUGAUUUGACAUCGCAAAUCUCAAUGAUUGGACUCUGCUUCGUCAAUAAAAUCCUUCAGAAGGGAAUCACAAUGGUGCCAUAUGAACUGUUACCCACAUCCACAGAUCGGAAGACUCUCCUAAAAUACUAUUGUAUCCUGAAUUUUGAUGCCACCACUGCCAAUGAAGAGCUCUUCCUGUUCAAGGAGACUCACUCUGUGCUGAACAUGGGGAUUUUGUUGGAAACCUAUUCAAAACCCACCCCUGGAUUUAACCAUUGGCCCCAGCUGCUUGGUACCCGCAGCCUCUGUGAGGGCUGCCAUUAUUGGGAGGCUGAGAUUUCCAACGGCUGGUUGUGCCUGGGCGUUGCCUACAGCUACCGCCAUAGGAUGGAAAAAUCAUGCAUGUUGUAUCUGAUUGGCAGGAAUAAUUAUUCAUGGUGCUUGGAGUGGGACUCAGUGAAUUUCUCUGUCUGGCAUAAUAAUAUCCAGACUGUGCUGCGUGGUGACUACUACAAGACCAUUGGGGUUCUCCUGGACUAUGCUGCAGGCUCCCUGACCUUCUACGGCAUCACCAGUACCAUAAACCUCAUUUACCGUUUCUUAACCACAUUCACUGAGCCAUUGUAUCCAGCUGCCAUGGUAAGCAGUGGGACUUCUAUUACUUUGAAACAACACCCUGAAUAGAGGCCAAAAAGAGGAAAGCGGGGGGGGGGGAGGGAAGAAAUCCCACCCUAAAAGCUAAGAGAGCUUUUAUGGUUGCUGAUAAAAUUAACUUUUACCUCAUGAGUGCUGCAGCAAGAUUCCUUUUUUGGGGUGUUCUUCCCUAGAACAUUCUGGGAAUGGCUAGGCAAGUGUUGAGAAUUAUUUUCUUAUGCUCUACUGUUCCAUCUCAAGGAUGAAGAAAUUAAGCUAGUUAUAGUUACAACCCUGGAAAGCAUCCCUCAGAUCCAUAGAAUGGAUUAGAUCUCCUGAUCAAAGGGCAGAGGAGCCUUUAACUGCAAAUGGGGAAAUCCCAACCAAACAGAUGCCCUUUCUCAGGCCCUGCAUAUAUCUGUGUUGCAAAAAUACUGAUAACCAUUAGACAGAAGACUAAAUCUUUUCUGCUCAGCUUUUUUUCCCUUUUUUCUUUUGCAGAUCUAUUAGCCCUACCUAUCUUUAUUUUUUCCAACUCUGGAGUUCAAAUUAAAUUACUUUAAUGUAACUAGUUUAUACAAGUUGGCUUCCAGGUAGAACAUUGGCGUAGCUGCACAGAACAUGCAAAAUCUUAGCUCUUUUUCUUUCUUUUCACCUUCAAGUCAGACUUGAUUCCUGAUGACUACAUGGACAAAUCCAGGCAGUUUUCUAAGUAGCAUUUUUGGAAGUACCGGUAAUUUACCAUUGUUUUU